CUAGCAUAAAUAUAUACACUCUGAAAAUGGGAUUAUUGGGUAAGUUGAUAUGCCAGACAAGCAUCAAGUCAGACGGAGAUGUGUUUCAUGAGCUCUUUAGCAGCAAACCGCACCAUAUACACACCAUGGCCUCUGAUAUACAGGGUUGUGAUCUUCAUGAAGGUGAAUUUGGAAAAGUUGGUUCCAUUAUCGUUUGGAAAUUUACCGUAGAUGGGAAGGAAAUGGUAACAAAGGAUAGGGUGGAAGCCAUAGAUGAAGAGGACAAAUCAGUGACUUUUAAGGUGAUUGAAGGAGAUCUCCUAGAGUCCUUCAAAAUCUUUGUCCUCACUAUUCAUGUUGAUACCAGUGGUGAGGAUAAUCUUGUGACAUGGAGCAUCGACUACGAGAAAGUGGACGAGAGUGUGAAGGAUCCCACAGAGUACUUGGACGUUGUGCUUCGUAUUACCAAGGAUAUUGAGGCUCAUCAUCUCUCAAUGUAACUCGUUCUAAAGUUUGGACCUUGCUAUAUUUUCCAUGCAGUCGCAUCGGCACAAUAAAAAAGGGCUUAGCAGGCACUUAUAAGGCGUUUGGUUUGCAGAUCGAGUUACUACUGAUCUGGUUGUUAUUCGGUUUUAUGGGUUACUUACAUGUAUUUAUAUUACACCUGUGAGGUCGUGUAUGGGAUAUUUCAAUCCAUUUGUAUUCUUUUCGAUAAUAAUACCUUCUUAUAUAUAAA